CGAACUAACUAAAGCCCAAAUUUGAAAAAUAUUCAGCCUUCUCCUCCGAAUUCCAAUUCCCCCUCUCUCUCAGUGAACAAACAAUGGAGUCCAAACCCUCAACCGGAUUCGGGCCUUCCACUAGUCCUCUCCUCUCUCUUUCCACCUUCAUCCACCAACAUGUGUCCCGCCUCGGUACCGAAGCGAAACGGCUCGGUGCCGAAGCUAAACAGUUCGCUGACGGCUUUAUUCAACAACCGUUUUCGCCUGCUGCGGCAGCGGUAGGGCAGAGUUGUUCGUUUCCGGCGAACUCUUAUCUUCCGUUUGCUUCGGUGUCGCAACAGCGUCAAGAGAAGGUUGCCGGUUUGAGCUCGGGUUAUGUGGCGAAGACAUUAGCUGGAACUUGUGUGUAUAAUGUUAGUAAUUCUAAUAAUGAAUUCGUCCUUAUUUCGGACCCCAAUAGUGCUAAAUCAAUUGGAUUAUUGUGUUUCCGUAAAGAGGGUGCUGAGGCUUUUCUUGCUCAGGUUAUACUUCAUUUUAUUGAAUUUUUGUUAGUAUUUCAUAGUAUUUAUUAAUUUUGUAUCAAUUAAUUAUAAAUGGGAAAAAUAUCUCAUAAGAAGAAAAUACAGAGGAAG